AUGUGGGCCCGGGUGUGCUGGGAGGCAGGAGGCCGUGUCCGCACCAACGUGUACCUGCGCGACAUGAACCUCCUGGGCAUUGCCGCCAACGACGGGCGCCGCACCGAGGCGGCGGCCAACGGACUCGCGCUGAAACAGGCGAGGCGCCGCAAGCAGACGACUUACCCUGAGCUUGUGGGCUCGCGGCGGGGCUACUUGCUUGUGGCCGGAGCAGAGACGGGCGACCGCUGGGACGAGGCGGCGUACAAGCUCCUUGUUACCCUGGCCCGCGCCCGGGCGAGGAGCGCGCCG